AUGGCAUUGAAGCAUUAUAACACAUUUGUGUUUUUGCUGUUGCUUGUUAAUCUUAGCUUUGCUGCUCAGAAUGACAGGUUAGGAGCUUCUUUCAUCUUUGGGGACUCGUUGGUGGAUGCAGGAAACAACAACUAUCUUUCAACUCUUUCCAAAGCCAACGUGCCACCCAAUGGAAUUGAUUUCAAGGCCUCAGGAGGAAACCCCACUGGGCGUUUCACCAAUGGAAGAACCAUUGGUGAUAUUGUUGGAGAGGAAUUAGGACAACCAAAUUAUGCUGUCCCAUAUUUGGCACCAAACGCAAGUGGGAAGGCCAUACUCAAUGGAGUCAAUUAUGCUUCAGGAGGAGGAGGGGUUCUGAAUGCAACAGGAAGCAUAUUUAGGAAUAGGAUCGGAAUGGAUAUUCAAGUAGAUUACUUCAACAUCACAAGAAAACAAAUUGACAAGUUGCUAGGUGAAUCGGAGGCUAGAGGCUACAUAAUGAACAAAUCCAUGUUCUCCAUCAUCGUUGGGGCUAAUGAUUUCCUCAAUAAUUAUCUUCUUCCUUUUGUUUCCACUGGAGUGAGAGCUUCUCAAAACCCUGACGCUUUCAUCGAUGACAUGAUCAAUCACUUCAGGGCCCAACUUAACAGACUUUACCAACUAGAUGCUCGAAAGUUUGUCAUCAGCAACGUUGGCCCAAUAGGCUGCAUACCUUACCAGAGGAUUAUAAAUCAACUGAAUGACGAUGAUUGUGUGGAUUUGGCUGACAAGCUUGCAACCCAAUACAAUGCCCGGUUGAAGGAUUUGCUUGAUGAGCUAAAUGAGAACCUCCAUGGUGCCACGUUCGUUCUCGCGAAUGUGUAUGAUUUAGUGUCGGAACUGAUUAGAAAUCAUGAUAAAUAUGGAUUCACAACAGCGAGUAGAGCUUGCUGUGGAAUCGGAAUUGGAGGCCAAUUUGCAGGGAUAAUUCCUUGUGUACCUACAUCAAGCUUGUGCUCAGACAGGUAUAAGCACGUGUUCUGGGAUCAAUAUCACCCAAGUGAAGCUGCCAAUCUAAUACUUGCCAAGCAGCUUCUUGAUGGAGACAAGAGAUACAUAUCUCCAAUCAAUCUUAGGCAACUCAGGGAUCUUUGAUCAUAGAUUAUAGUUUCCACGUCUUAAUUUGUCCACGCAAAUUCCCUUUUACACAAUUCUCUAUCAAUUUGUAUUACUGUAGUUGUCAAUUUU